AUGGGACUAAAAUGGUUGGUGAUAGUUGCUCUGCUGGUGUGCGAGACAAUUAGUUCAAACUACCUCGAAACAGAUGAUGAUGAUGGGACCCCUGAUAUGACGGAAGGAUCAGGGGACUCCGACGUUCCAGACGAUCCCCCCUUCCCGUUCCCAGAACACCCGAAAGGGAGGAUUUUAGACCCACGCAUAACUAUAUGUUAUAGGAGUAGACAUGGUUUCGAUCCCAACAUUACCGCUGAACAGCUGAACGCAGAACCAGCGUUAGCCAUUUGUAAUAAAUCUGUAUCAAAAUAG